UUUCGAAGUACGUUUGGAAUGGCCAGGGACGACCUCACAACCCGGCAAUGGCUCCUGGCUCUGCUGGAGCCGGCCAAAAUUUUGACAUGGGCUAUGUCUUACUACGUCGGCGCCAAUUUUAAGGCCGUUCUCAGCGGACGCCUCCUAGCACCCAUCCUUAAUGCCCAUCAGCUUCGUGACGAAGCAUUCGGGAAGUUCUGGGUCGCAUUUAGUUCAAACCGUGAAGAACCACCAUCGACAGACCACCUCUCACCCGGCGACACAGGAGCAACAGGAGCAACAGGAGCAACAGGCGCAAGCAAAAGUCCAUUCCCAUCUUCAUCCUUAUCUAGCUCUGCAAAAGAAGACGAACAAAAAGCACUACAAUCAUCUGACCUGAUUCCCCCCAUUAUCUCGCAAGCAACCGGUGUCGUCCUUGACGUCGGCCCGGGAACAGGGACACAAAUUCCCCUUCUCUCUCAAAUCCCCGCAGCCAACAUAAGCGUCAUCUACGGCGCCGAGCCUUGUCUAGGUCUUCAUGAGGAAUUGCGCAGACGCGCUGCGGACUACGGAUUGGCACAGAAGUAUACGAUUCUGCCGUGUAGUGUUGUGCAGAAAGAGCUAGGGCCGGAAUUGAAGAGCAUUGGAUUAGUUUCGGACUCCUCUGAUGGGGGUGAUGGUGGAGUGUUUGACAGCAUAAUCACAAUCCGCGUGCUUUGUUCUGUGCCUGACCCUGAAACGACAAUCUCCUAUUUAUACAGCCUGCUCAAACCGGGUGGAAAGUUGCUUGUUGUGGAGCAUGUUGUUAAUCCAUGGAAUACGCCUAAAGGGUCGAUAUUGGCACGGAUGAUGCAGGGUUUUUAUCACUUUUUCGGAUGGAGAUGGGUUAUGGGCGACUGUUGUCUUAAUCGCGAUACGGAGCGGUUGCUGAGGAGGGCACCUGAACGAGCGGGGGAUGGGGGAUGGGAGAGUGUGGAUUUGGAGAGGUGGUUUGAGAGGACUUGUAUGGUUUACAUUGCUGGGGUCUUCGUUAAAAAGAGGUAGAUUGUGGGGCCGAGCUGGGGUGGGAUGAUGUGCCCUAAGAUCAUGUAUUACAGAUAUGGAAUCGAACA